AUGUUGUGCUUUAAAGAUGGCUCCUCGUUGUUAAGAAGAAACUAUGUGAGAAUUGAAAACCACUUGGAUAUGACGCCAUUCAGCGAUAAUGAUGAACAUGGGUUUCACUUCAUUGAAGAAAGAAUCAUUUGUGAUGGUGCACCGAUUCAAGAGUCCCAUCCAGGGACAGUGAUCACUCCGAACGCGAAACAAUAUUUCCUCACUGGCCUCAACGAAGAGCAACAAUUAGCAGAAUUACUCAUCUGCCGUCGAAAGAAAAAUCCGAACAUUACAAAUCAUUUACUUGUGGACAAUUCAAAAUGUUUAUUUGAAUGUUUGAACAUCGAGAGUGGAUCAUCGACCACCAACCCACCAUACACCUCUCUUGUGAACAAAGGCGUCACCAUUCGAAAACAUCCUUUAAAAAAUUGGUGUGUUUAUUCCAAUGAAGUUAUUUCAAAAGGACAAUUUAUUGCUGAAUAUGUCGGAGUUGUUCAACCCAUCAUGAUGAUUCACAACAGUACUGUCGCUCUGAACACAUUCCCUAACAAUCAUGAUUAUACUUUCAUAUUGAAAAAUAUAGACGAGUCAGCUGAUGGCGACACUCAUGAAAUUUGUGGAAAAUAUCAUGGAAAUUUUACUUCAUUUAUUAAUCAUUCAUGUAAUCCUAAUCUCAUUGCAUUCCAUGUAUUGAAAGUUGAAAGAGAGGAAAGGAAAGAAAAUCAUCCUAUGAACACAUUUUUGAUUAAGGAAGAUGUUCACAUGCCUCAUGUUUACUUGUUCGCCAAGCGCAAUAUCGAACAGGAUGAAGAACUCACACUCGACUAUGGCCAUGAAUAUGUACAGCAUGUCAUGAAUGGAGAGUGUUUUUGUGAAUCCAAAUAUUGCAGAUAUCACCAAGAUCCAUGA